GGUUACAGAACACAUGUAUACGCUGUGCGCUGUUUGAUUGACGGAGUAAGAGGACGUUACGCCAGCAAAAUCAUAGCAGUUUGUUCUUAGAGUAUGUGAAAAUUUAACAUGCAGACACACGUGCGGCAAAACCCUUAAAGCAUCUACAGUUUGCAUCACAUGAAAAGAUGCCGGAUAACCUCGCCCAGAAAUUGUUUACUUGGUUUACUUCAUGAAGAAAACAAAGGAAGCACCUGCUAUGGAGGAGACAAGGAACUGCUACUUGUGUACAGUAUUGACUGCUACAACAAUAAUAGCCAUGAUCUACAUUGGAGGAGUCUCUUCAUUCAGCAUUCUGUACAAAGAGCUGUUAGAUUUCUACCACACCAGAUCCGGAGACACUGCUAUAAUCCAAAGUCUUUGUCAGUUUCUGAAUUUCGGAAUAGGACCAUUUGCGAACUACUUAUCAGAAAUAUACUCCUUUCGUUCUGUGAUGAUCGCUGGAGGUUUUCUCGGAUUUCUUGGACUUUUUCUGAGUGCGUUUGUACCUCGAAUGGAGUUCUGGAUUCUUACUUAUGGAGCGUUAACAGGCGUUGGUUUCGGUUUGGUGUACAGUCCUUGUUUCACGGUCGUGAACUUUUACUUCAAAAGAAGACGUGCUUUGGCCAUCGGCAUAGUACUGUUUGGUACGGGUGUCGGGUCGGUGUUGUUUCCAUUCCUCUACAAGAUGUUGCUAGACCUCUACGGAUUACAAGGCGCAGUUAUAGUCAUCAGUGCUUUAUCGCUGAAUAUAUGUGUCUGUGCAGCGCUUAUUAGACAACCAAAACAACUAAAGAAAAACGUACUUUUGAACUUACAUCUUCGAGAAAAUUGCGAGAUGGGGUCCUCUGAGGAACAUGCUAAAUCGACAUUUUCUCCAUGUAAUUGCACCGUGUGUCAUUCAAAGCGACCGAUAUUUUGCUUCUCGUUAUUUCGCCAAUCUUCUUUUUUGAUUUAUGCCUUGGCCUUCAUGUGUAGUAUUUUCGCCUAUCUAUCGAACUUCGUCAUGAUACCGGGCCAUGCCCGGGUACAGGGAAUGACCAGCGCCGAGGUUGCUGAAUUUCUGUCGGUAGCUGGUGGGGUAAUGAUUUUGGCUCGCCCCACCGUUGGAUGGCUAGCAGACUCCAACUUCAUCGAGAAAAGAAAUAUCAUCGGAACAUGUGUUAUUCUUGGAGGGAUAUUUUCUAUUGUUUUACCGUGGAUUCUAGGGUAUUAUUCAAUGCUAGUCUACUCCAUAACUUUGGGAAUUUUCCCAAGCUCGUUUUUCUUGUUUAUUCCUUUGUUGUUAUUAGAAAUCGUUCCUUUAGAGAAACUCCCGCAGGCCCAAGGACUCCUGUACCUCUGCCUUUCACUUUCUGCUGGCCUUUCACAACCCGUUCCAGGUUGGAUAAAAGAUUGGACGGGAGAUUGGACGGUGUCUUUCCGUGUUUCCGGAUCUAUCAGUAUUCUAGCUGGGGUGUUGUUCAUGUCGGAACCGAUUCUUGGAAAAGGUCGGGAGCUGAAACCCGUGCAGACUGACCAGGAAGAUAAUUGACAUCAUUGUAUCUUUGUCAUUUUACAUGUAUAUUCCAUGAAACCGAAAUAUCGACGGUAAGAAACUACAGUGAACGCUACAAAAUUCUUCAUGUAAAGCUACAUUUACAUUUAGUCAAGAGUACCGAGGAUACCGAAGAGGGCGUUGACGAACUUUCGGAAGCAAACGAGUAUCCGCCCUCUUCGGUAUCCAAGAUGAAAUGGAAUUCUUCUGACUUGUAUCACGGUAUAAUUCUAUGGUCGUUAUAACGAUCUAGUUCAUCAAUACAACCUCGCAUUGGGUCAAAUGCUGUCUGACGUGUUUCAUACCGAUUGUUAAGCCGUUCUUGGCACACUGAUUUUGACUGCGGAUAACUCCGUUUACCUGAUCAGGAUAUGGGGCUCACGGCGGGUGUGACCGGUCAACAGGGGAUGAUUACUCCUCCUAGGCACCUGAUCCCACCUCUGGUGUGUCCAGGGGUCCGUGUUUGCCCAACUAUCUAUUUUGUAUUGCUUGUAGGAGUUGUGAGAUUGAUCACUGUUCGUUAUCUUCACCUUGCAUGGAAAUUACUAGUAUUACUCAGCAAUAAGUUCAUACCCUUACAGUACUAGUACAAUAUCUUUCCGAUAUUGGAGUCCUGUGGGGAUCCGGGUUAGAAUAGGUCCUCAGUAUCCCUUGCUUGUUGUAAGAGGCGACUAAAUGGGGCGGUCUUUCGGAUGAGACCGCAAAAACCGAGGUUCCGUGUCACAGCAGGUGUAUGGAGCGCCAAAUUAACAUAAACUCAAAUAAUUGAAGAUAUCUUCAAUUAUUUGAAGAUAUCAUCAAUUCAUUUGAUGCGCGCAACAAUUGAAUUAAAGAUCUCUUCAAAUAAUUAAUGAUAUCUUCAAUUCUGAAUUAUUGCGCGCAUUAAUUGAAUUGAUGACAGCAUUAAUUCUUCAGCUGAUUUGAUGCGCGCUUUAAUUGAAUUAAUGAUCUCUUCAAAUGAAUUAAUGAUAUCCACAAUUGAAUUGAUGCGCGCUACAAUUCAAUUGAAGAGAGCAAUAAUUGAUAUAAUGCGCGCAUUAAAUCAAUUGAUGAGAGCAAUAAUUGAAUUGAUGCGCGCAUUAAUUCAUUUGAUGAGAGCAAUAAUUGAUUUAAUGCGCGCAUUAAUUCAAUUAUUGCUCUCUUCAAUUGAAUUAAUGAUAUCUUUAAUUCAUUUGAAGAGAGCAAUAAUUCUUUUAGAGAGAUCAACUAUAUAAUUAAAGAUAUCUUCAAUUCAACAUAUCCACAAUCAAAAUAAAUGAUAUCUUUAAUUGAAUUGUUGCUCUCUUUAAAAGAAUUGAUGCGCGCAUUAAUUCCUUAUACAAGAGCAUUGUAAAUGAUUUAAAGAUAUCUUCAAUUGAAUUAAAGAGAUCAUCAAAUUAUUUAAACCGAGCUCUAAAUUAAUUAUUGUGAGCAAUGUUUCUACUCAAUUGAUGCUCUCAUCAAAUGAAUUGAAGAGAGCAAUAAUUGAAUUAAUGCGCGCAUCAAAUCUAUUAUUGCUCUCAUUAAUUGAAUUAAUGUGCGCAUCAAUUGAAUUGAAGAGAGCAAUAAUUGAAUUAAUGCGCGCAUUAAUUCAAUUAUUGCUCUCAUUAAUUCAAUUGAUGCGCGCAUUAAUUCAAUUGAUGAGAGCAAUAAUUGAAUUGAAGCGCUCAUUAAUUCAUUUGAUGAGAGCAAUAAUUGAUUUAAUGCGCGCAUUAAUUCAAUUAAAGAGAGCAAUAAUUGAAUUGAUGAUAUCUUCAAAUAAUUGAAGAUAUCUUGAAUUAUUUGAGUUUAUGUUAAUUUGGCGCUCCAUACAGGUGCGGCACGAUAAAGAUCCCUCCCUGCUCAAUGGCCAUAAGCUCCGAGCAUAGGCCUAAAUUUUGAAGCCCUUCACCGGCAGUGGCGACUUCUCCAUAUGAGUGAAAUAUUCCCGAGAGGGACGUUAAAACAAUAAUCAAUCUGAUAUUGGAAGUUACUAGUAUUAUACAGCAACAAGCUCCACCCCUUUCCCGUAUAAUAGCUUCACGUUCUCUUGAUAGUUACUGUCAUGAAACAACAAUAAGAUCCACACCUUACCCAGUCCUUCGGAUGAGACCGCUUAAACUGAGUGUCACUGCAGGUGUGGCACGAUAAAGAUCCAUCCCUGCUCAAAGGCCGUAAGCACCGAGCAUAUGUCUAAAUUUGAGAGCCCUUCUCCGGCAAUGUUGACGUCUCUAAAUGAGUGAAAUAUUCUCGAGCGGACGUUAAACAACAUACAAUCAAUCAAGCCAUUACCUUCCCGAUAUUGGAACAGCAAACAAUCCAUCCCCUUGGAGUGCCGGGAUUUAUUGAACUGUGAUUCAAGUACAUCCACUAUUUAUGGAUGAAUAAGACGAACUUUUAUUUUAAAACACGAAAAAUUCUAUAUAUGAAAUAACCAUUCAAUACAAUUGUAUUUGUAUUUUCAGUGAUUUAUCAUUAAAGUUUUGAUUUUGAAGAAUGGAAGGACCCCCUACGUCCCAGUGAAAACAGGAUGUUUUAAAUUACGUUAAUGCUGACAUUUGGGCUUUGAGAAACUUGGCGAAUAAAAAUAUUCUGCGA